AUGGCAGAAUCAGCAAUAGACUCCAAUGAGGAUCUGUCAGAGGAAACAGAGGACCUGGAGCCUCUGGAGCCAGAGGAUGGUGGGACUUUCCAACAAGUCACAAACCUCCUCAACAUCAUGGACAGCGAAUCCACAAAGACGGACACUGCCGGGGCCGUUCCUAACAUGCGCAAGACACUGGCCUCGGUGAUAAUCACGGAGAAGGCCACCACCGAGCCCUGUGUGGUGAUGAACGCCCUCAUCCGCUGCCUGCAAGUGCCAGAGAUUUCCACCCAGCGGACAGUCAACAUCUACAACAUCCUGCAGGAGAUCAUUCAGCAGGAGGGCGAGCUGGAGGAGCAGUGUGUCCACAGGCUGGUGGCCAUCGCCUCCAAGGAGAUGAGGGAGAUCCUGGAGGUGGAGGGUUACACGAAGGCAGAGGCGGCCAGUGACACUCUGGUGGCCCUGUCCCGAAACCACUUCAGCGUGGUCAUGUAUGAGAUGCAGCACCACCUCAGGCCCCUCGACCUCACAGACGAGUAUGUCAUUGUCACCCUGGCGAAGCUGGCCAACGGCAACGUGUUUGAAUUUAUGCCCUACAUGGGCAUCACCCUGGCUACCAUAUUCACGAUGCUGAGACUUGUCAAUGAAGCCAAGAUGCGCCAGGUGAUCUGUGGUGCCAUGGAGACCUUCUGUGAGACAGUGCAGUUCUACCUGAGGCACCUGGAGGACAGUGUGUACCCCGUGAUGACUGAGGAGCAGUUUGCGAUCAAGCUGUUCCCAAUGUAUCGCUAUUUCGUGUCCGUGUGGCUGAGGAGCUACAACCCAGAGGUGAAGCUGGGGGUCAUCAAGUCCCUGAAACCCAUGCUGAACUUGCUCCUGCCCAACAAUGACUUGCGGGAGGAGGUGUACGACUACGUGCCCCUGCUGCUGGCGGAGUACCAGGGGGGGCUGGAGGCCCUCUUCAUCACACAGAUCUUGAGGCAGAUCCUGGAAGCGUCGGUCAUCACCAGCACCCCCAUCCCCCAAAUGCAGCUACACACCAUUUUCACAGAACUGCACAUCCAGGUGUGCGCCAAGGCCCCCGCCCAGCAGCAGUGCAGUGGCCAGAACGUGAGGGAGAUCGAACACUGCUUCAUAGCCCUGGCCCGCUCCUACCCGAAGGAGCUGAUGAAGUUCUUCCUCAGACAAAUGGAGCUGAGCAAAGAGGCCAUCCGUGUGGGGACCCUGACCCUGAUCAGGGCAGUGGUGGGCGCCGAUGAGCCCAGAAUGAACCUCAAGACCAUCUGCCUGGCCAUCCGGGUGGUCAAGAACUCCAUCUCCGACACCCGCUCCAAGGUGAGGAUGGCUGUUCUCCGCAUCAUUGGCCAGUUGGCUCUGUCUGGCUUCCAGGACAGGAUCAAAGGCUGGGGUCUGAAGUAUGUGUCCAUGCAGCUGACCCUGUCCACCUACAAACUGACGAAUCGCCGGGAGAGCUUUCAUCAGAGGGACCUGGAGGAAAAGAUGGUCCACAAAGUCACCAUGGACACCGUGAAGAUCAUAACGUCUUCUGUCAGUGGAAUGACCAACGAGUUUUGGGUGAGGCUCCUGUGCUACGUCAUGGAGACGGAUAACAUGGAGGUGUUGACCCCCAUCUGCGUCAGCCUCACAAACCUGGCGGAACGCCAGUUCCACACCACGGAUGUGGAUGCCAACUCGGCCAGCAAGAGCAGGCACGUGGACCUGCCCACGCCACAGAAGCUGCUGGCCCGUCUCCUGGUGCUGAUGUCAUCCCCCUACGAAGGGGAGGGCAGGGGGAUAGCCAUGCUCAACCUCCUGAGGACCCUGAGCCACAGCAUUGAGCCCUCCAUGGCCAACAUGUGGGAGCUGGAGAUUCCACUGUUGGUCAAGUACCUGGAAGAACAUACUAAGUUUACUUGGAGUCAGAAGACCUGGGAGGACAAGCUGAUUCAGUUUCUGCGACACUCGCUCAAGAAGACUCAGGGUUCCAACUGGAGCCUGCGCCUGGGCAAGGAGCUGAACAACCAGAUCGAGAGCUUUGACAGCCCCUCCCCAGAGAAGAGCUUUCUGUACCGGGCCUUGGGCUUCACCUUGGCCACAGGCCUGGAGGCCGAAAAGGUGGAGGUGUUGCUAUUGGAGCUGCUGUACAAGACGGACUACAACAAGGACUUCGACCGAGAGGGCGUGAUCCUGUGCUUUGGCCUGUGUGCCCAGGGCCAGGUGAAGACGGUGCUGAGCGUGCUCCAGGACUUCGAGGAGAGGAUUCAGGAGUCGGAGCAGUCCUGGCAGAUCGGCGCUUGGCGGAGGGACCACCCCUGGAGGCGGGAGGCGGUGAAGAGCGCCCUCAUGGUGAUGUACAGCUGUGCGGCCCUGCACUGCCACUGGCAGGCGCUCCUCACCCACGUGGACACCCCCAUCACCUCGAAGAUCAUUCACCACUACACCAGCAGCUCCCAGGACAUCUGCCUCAAAAUGGCCUUCAUGAAGAGUGUGGUGCAGGUCACCCAGGCCAUCGAAAACCUCAAGGACCCGGAGGGCUUUCAAUUUGCCCAAAAGACGACUCUUACUGCCAUUCUAGUGGCGAUCAUCAAGGCGGAACCGAGCGACAACCUGGUGUCUCCCGUGCGCAGCAUGGUGAUGGAUGCCCUCUCGCAUCUGAGCAAAGUGAGGCCUUUCUACUCUGCAGAGGAAAACAGUGAGCUGAUGGAUAUCGGUAUACAUUCUGUCAUUUCUCUCCAGCCCCCAGCAGAGGACAAUGAGUCCAUUAAGGCCCUGUACGCGAACGCCCUGCGUGCCCUGGAGCAGCUGGUGGAGGCCCUCAUGCAGAGGCAGCUGGACCCCAAGGGGCUGCAAGAGAUGGUGCAUUUCCUGGAAAAGUGGAUCUUGUCGGAGAAAGACUGGGAGCGGGAGAAGGCCGUGAACCUGCUCCUCCGGCUCCUGCAGAGCUACGUGCAGAGCGUCGGCGUCUGCAUCCCCCUGAAGCUGGGGCAGUUUGGCACGCUCGUUGGACUCAUCGCCCCGUGCAUGUGUGACUCCCACAAAAGAACUCGUGUGGCCUCAACAGAGGUCCUGUCCAGCCUGCUGGACUUGCACGCAAGCCAGACCUGCUCCUCAUGGGACACGUCCAACGAGCUGGAGCUCGCGAGAUGUAAGGAGGACCUCCAGGCCCUGGAGGUGGAGAAGAUUUUCAGUGCAUCUACCAGACUAGCCAAGGUGGCUUGCAUGCAGCUGAAUUGUGAUGAGGUGGUCUCGCUGAUCCAGAAACUCUGCGAGAACAUCGGGGCCAUGGACCUCCAGCACGACAAGGCCUCCGUCACCUGGAUAGACACCUUCCUUCAGAUGCGGGUCAAGGAGCUGGAGGACAAGGUGGCUGAGAUCCUGGGUGCCAUCCUGGUCCACCUGCCCGCAGUGGACCACCUGGAGGUGCGGCGCCACCUCAUUGAGGGCAUCCUCCUGCUGGCUCACUACCACCAGGAGAUGGUCCUCACGUCACUCCUGAGGCAGCCCCUGCCCAUGCAGAGCCACCUGAUGGAGGUGUGGCUGGCCGUGGCAGAGAAUGUGCCCUUUGCCCGGUGGGUGCUCCACGGGCUGAUGGGCCGGCUGCAGUCCCGGUUCACCCCCAGGGCCAAAGCCACCUCCAAGGCCGACAUCUGGCGUCAGGCUGCAGUGGACCCUCUGAUGACCCUCUGCGCCAUCCACCUGCUCAUCGAGAAGAUAGACAAGGGUGACCAGCUCCGGGACCUCUUUCCCGACCUGAUCUACACCCUCCUGAUGCAGCUGGGCAGCAGCCAGGGCCCGGAGGCUGUGUCGCCCAUCCUCAAGACAUGGAGACUCAUCCACACGGCGACCCUGCCCAAGGAGGUCAACCAGCAGAGGAUCACAAUCAAAUCCAUGCAGCUGUUGUUUGAGCGGCUGGACAGCGAGCGACUGGCCCGCAGCCUGGAGCAGCAGGGCGUGUGGACCCUCCUGGAGAGCAGCUCCACCUUCCUGCAAGGGGUGGGCCUGCUGGCCAGGCUGUGCGCUCGGAACGUGGAGGGCCAGGGCCAGAGGCUGUCGGAGCUGGUGCUCAGGGGCAUGGCCUCGGAGGUGCUCAGCUGCCGCGUCAGCAGCACGGCGUUCUGCGUGGAAUUCAUGAGCGGCCCGGUUCUGUACCAGGAGAAGCUGCUGAAGCCCGCCGUGCUGCAGCUGGAGAAGGGCGUGGACCAGAGCGACGAGGUCCUGCGGGUGCUGUCCCUGCGCGCCCUCGGCAACAUGGCCCUGGGCGCCCCCAAAAAGGUGAGGCAGUACCGAAAGCUCCUCCUGGACAAUUGCCUGCGCUCCCUGAGGGACCCCGGCAGUACCAGCGUGCCCUCGGAGGGCAUGGAGGCCCUGACCAAGAUCCUGGCUGAGCUCCGCGAAGGGGACACAGGGUACUUCUUCAAUGCCAUCUCUGAGCAGUGCAGGUCCUUCUUUGACAACGAGAGCGAGCUGCUGCGCUUGCAAGCCUUCCUGCUGUUCCGCAAGCUGGCCAAGAUGGCCCGGGCCUCCAAGAGGCGGUUCUUCAAGGGGGAGGUGAAGAGAGCCUGGGUCCCGCUCAUGCUGCACUGCCUGGACCCCUGCCCCGACGCGGCCCGAGCCUGUGUGGAGACCAUGUACCAGUGUGUGCACUUCUGGGGCUGCAAGGGCCUGGAUGACUCCGCAGGGCAAAGUGACACCAGGGGCACUGAGGAGAUGACCGCUUUCCAGACGACCCUGUGCUCUGUCCUGACUCAGAAAAAGCCUGCUGUUCUCUACAGUUUCCUGCUAGAAACAAUGACCUACGUGAAAAGUAACUUGUCAAGGAUCAGAAUCGCUUCCUGCAACUUGGCAGGGGUCAUCAUGAAGCAGAUGUCUGAACAUUACCUGAGAAAGCUGGACUUCGCGGCAUUACGGAACUCCCUCCAGGAGCUACAGCUGGACUCGGAUCCGGGGGUCCAGAGGGCAGCCCUGGAGACUCUCAAAAUCCUGGACAGCUGUGGCCGGCACUGGCCUCCGGCCUCACCCUGA